CCACAGUCAUUCCACGUUUGGGUGGAAGAGGCAUUGGUGUCAAAGUUUGGAGCUCAAUCUCAGCUGAUCUCUAAUGGUUAUUUAACUAUACAAUCUAUAUGAUUCUAAAGUAAAAAUAUCGCAACUCCAAAUUAUAUUGUUAUCCAAAUGUUAAUGUUCGUAGUUUUAUUCACUUAUUGAUCGAAAAUUGAUUUAGAAAUUGCCAUAUUUGUUUUUUUUUUGUUUUGAAUCUUAACUAUUGAGUUUUUAUGUUUUUAUCAUUUAUUUUUUCAAAGUGUGGUAUUUGUUCAAAAUAAAAUUUAAAGAUGCUAUGUGUGAUCUAAUAGUAUAGAUCUUCUAUACUGAAGAACAAUAUGUUCUCAUUAUUGAAAUGUAGUAACGAUAUGAAUUUUCUAUUAUAAAUUGAAAAUGAAUUUCUCGUGUCAUGUAUUUGUAUAAUACUUUUAACCAUCAAAAUACACUAUUUUUAUCCAUAUUCGAUUUAGAAGCUACUAUUAUUUUUGACAUGUUCUUUUAAAGCUGGAUAUCUUGUUUGUUGACCAUUUUGAUAAAAUUUGCAUGAAUUUCUAAUUUUUUAUUAGAAAAUAAUAAUUUAAAUUUUUUUCUAUUAUAUUUGAGUUUUGAGUACUGUUCUCAUAUCUAACCUAGAACAAUGGUCGAAUCGGUAGACCCGGCGGACGCCUUGUAUAUAAUCUAGUUCAGAUUUAAUGAAAAAAAUUGUUAAUUAAAAAUUUGAUUAAACCAGGUAAAAAUCCAAACCAUUUCGAAGUAGUCUUUAUUAAAAAUGAUUUGAAUCUAAAAGAAUAAUAGAAACAAACACAUGGCCGCAAAUAAAUGAAUCUGAUUUUUUAGAAAAUGAUAUAUCACGUGGUCGAAUCUGAUACGAUCUUGAUGGAUUGUAGUCAUAGUAUUGUAGUACAUUGUUAUAUUGUAAUUUUGAGUAAUUAUGUUUUAAAAAUAAACACAUAUGACUAAAGCUGUUUCCUACUGAUUUGUGUAUGAUAAAAUAUUGUUUGUAUAUAAUGGAUUUUCAAAAAGAUAUUAUUCUGUAUGAAUUUUAUGUGUAUAAUAAAGAUGACCACUAAAAUUUUGAUUUUAUUUAAGGUUAAAUUUUAUUUGUGUGUAGUAAAAUGUUAUUCUCAAAUGAUACUACUGAGUUUUUGAAUUUGGGCAUUUAAUUAAUGAAUCAUCUUGAUUAUUAUGACUCAAAUUCAUGAUAUGUUUGAGCUUUAUUUACAGUUACUAGGUAAUAUGGAUGAGAUUGUUAAUUUAGUUAUUUUUGUAGAUAAAAAUACAUUGGUCAUGUUUAAUUUGGAUAUUGGUUCGGUUUUAGGUUGUUUUUUUGGUUUUUAAUGUAUUAAAAUAUAAAUAUCAUUAUAAUCCUUAUUUAUUUUUGUUUUUUUCGGAUAAGCCUUCUUGAAUUUUCCGUUUCCGUUUCCGUUGAUAGAAAAACUAUUAUUAUUUGUUUGGUUCCAUGUUAUAUGAAUUUUAGACAAUUUUAUGUCGAACCAAUGGUUUCGUUUUAUAAUUUCUAAAUACAUGCAAAAUCAAAUGAAAUCUAAAUAAUAGUUAAAGAAAAAGAAUGUUCAUCGGUAUGAGCUAAAUGAUAAAUGCUUGUGUUUAGUUUAAGCAAAAUAAGAAACUUUUUGUCUUUAAAACACCAAAGUUUUGUGAGAAACUAUAUUAAGACAAUACGUUCUUGUUCUUAUUUUUAAAGUAAUGCGAUAAUGUAACGUGGCCAAUAUAGUGUGAACGCAAUAAAACCAAAUGCUUCUAUUUUAAUAUAUAUGUCAUAUGCUCAAAACCAAAACACUAAAAUGCCACUAGUGGGAAUUAAAAUUUCUUUGGAAAAAUAGAAACAUUUUAGAUAAAAUUGAGUUUUUCAUUAAAGAGAAAGAAAAAGUAUAAUAAUUUUUCAUACUAUAGAUUAUUUCACUAGUAAUUAAAAAUUUCAAACCAUCAAGUUUAACUAUUGCAUGAAAGUUAGUUAGUGAUUCAACUUUUUUUUUGUUUUUAAGUUUGACAUUUUCUUGUAAAUUAAAUAGAGGUAACAUUGUGAGUGAUAGUCAUGUCAUCAUAGUUUUAGGAGGUACGAUAAUUAAUUGAUUUGUUGACCGGUGUAGUAUAAAAGAAGAACAAUUAAUUUGCAUCUAAGACUGUCACAGAUGACAUAACUCUCGUUCACAAGAUUACCUUACAGAAAUCAAAUUUUCAAAAACAAAAACUGAAGCAUUGACUAAAUUUCAUGCAAUACAAUAAUUACUACCACAUUUUUUUAUCUAUAAAACAUAGUUUUGCUCUCAGAAAACAGUAACAAAAUAUUUUCUUAACUAAAACAAGAAGAAGAAAAUUCAUUCAAUUUUUUUUUUUUUGUAACAACAAUUCAUUCUAAAUUAUCUAUUUUCCAUUUUGUGUAAUUUCAUAUUCUUUGCCAAAAAGAUGGGAGGGAAAAAGACAAGAGGAAGACAAAAGAUAGAUAUUAAAAAAGUGACGAAAAACGAAGACAGAAUCAUCACAUUUUCAAAGCGUAAAAACGGAAUUUACACUAAGCUCAGUGAGCUCUCCAUUCUCUGCGGCGCCGACGUCGGAUUUCUCAUCUACUCCGGCUCAGGAAAACCGUUCACGUUUGGCAGCCCUUCCUUCGAUGACGUGGCACAGCGGUUUCUCCACGGAAACCAUCACUCAGGAAUCAUCAACGGCGAGGGCAACUCGUCGUCGUCAUCGUUGAUCGUGGAUGCUCAUAAGAAAGUGAAGAUGGACGAGUUCUGCAAAAACCUCAACAAUCUGAUGGAGAUCAAAACAGCUGCGGAAGAAGAGAAACUGAAGAUGGCUGAGCCUGCUUAUGCACCGUCGUUGCCGGUGAAGAGUACUGACGAAGAGGAGAAACAGUUGUUGCGGAGGUAUGAGGAGUAUUAUGAGGAACUGUGUGAGGUUGCUGCUGCGAAAAUCCGUGGAAGAUAUGAUGUCCCAGCGUCGUCGUCGUUUCCUCAACAUGGCUAA